CAUUAGUAAGGACAACACAGUCGUCCAAUCGCAGAGCGUCUGCGGCGAAGCCAUGUAUACGUAGUUUGUCGGGAUAUAUAAAUACAUGAGACGCCCUCUUCGUCUGCUUUAGAGACGGUCUCAGCCAACAUGAAGUGCUCCGCUCUGAUCUUGCUGGCGUUGUUGGGUGCUGCCCGCGCGCAGAGCUACUACCAGGUUGUCGGGGACUGGGGGAACAGGUUCCAGGCCAAUGUGUACAUCCCCGUCACCCAGGAUGUCCACGGUGGAUGGAGUAUGACCUUCUUGUUCGACAAGCCGGUCUAUGACAUGGAGAUCUGGCGCGCCCAAGUGGUGAACAUUCGCGAAGACAGCAAGGCUUGGGACUUGUCGGAUCUGGGCUGGAACUCGCACCUGGCGGCAGGAACCUACGAGAUGACCUUCGUGGCCAACACCCAGGGGUCCGCGCCGGGCAUGAGGCUUUUCUUCAACGGAGUGGAGGUCGGCUCUGGCGGGACGGCCACGACUACCCAGAGCCCCGGCGGAGGCACCACCACCUCGGGCGGCAAUCCUGUCGUCGUCUCAGGUCGGUACGACUUGGUGCAGGCUCUGCACAAGUCCAUCCUGUUCUACGAGGCGCAGCGGGCCGGCCGCCUUCCCAGCAACAACCGUAUCUCCUGGCGACGUGACUGUUGCCAAGGCGACGGCAGUGACGUCGGUCUGGAUCUGUCCGGAGGCUGGUUUGACGCUGGUGACCACUUGAAGCUGCACUUCCCCCUGGCCUACACCAUCACCGUGCUGUCCUGGGGCAUGAUUGAGUUCAAGAGCGCGUACGAGGCCGCAGGGGAGAUGGCCUACGCCAUGGACUGUAUCAAGUGGGUCACCGACUACUUCAUCAAUUGCCAUCCCAGCAAGUUCGAGUUCGUCGCGCAGGUUGGAGACACCGAGCCUGACCAUCAGUUCUGGGGCAAGCCUCAGGACAUGACCAUGCAUCGGCCCGCCAAGAAGGUCACGGCCAACCAGCCCGGGUCUGACGUCACCGCGGAAGCCGCCGCUGCCAUGGCCGCUGCCUCCAUCGUAUUCAGGGAGAACGGAAACCCCGGGUACGCCGACACCCUUCUGCAACACGCCCGGGAUCUGUACGAGUUCGCUGACACCUACAGGGGAGAGUACCAGAACGUUGUCCAUGAUACACCCUACCCCUCGUUCGGCGGAAUGAACGACGAGCUUGUCUGGGGCGCCGCCUGGCUUCACCGAGCAACACAAGAUGGAAGCUACCUCAGCAAGGCUGAGUCGUACUACGACCAGUAUGGUAUCAGCUCCGGUGGUUUCAGCUGGGACGAAAAGCAGUCGGGAACAAUGCUGGUCCUGUACAAGGCCACGAACAAGGACAAGUACAAGAACGACAUCAUCAACUACCUGCGUCCGAAGAUGCCAGGCGGCGGAGACACCUACACGCCCAAGGGCAUGCUGUGGCUGAACGAGUGGGGCUCCUGCAGGCAUUCGGCCAAUCACGCCUUCCUGGCUCUGGUUGCCGCCGACAUGGGUAUUAACGUGGACCAGUACAAGGGCUUCGCGGCUCAACAGAUCAACUACAUGCUGGGUGACGCGGGGCGCAGUAUGGUGGUCGGCUACGGCAACAACCCUCCGGUCAGGCCUCACCACCGCGCAGCUACCUGCCCCGUCCACGGACAUUGCGACUGGAACACCUACAACUCCUGGGACGCCAACGCCAACGUGCUGGAGGGCGCUCUGGUGGGCGGACCGGACGCGCACGACAACUACUCGGACGACCGCAGCAACUUCCACACCAACGAGGUGGCCGUGGACUACAACGCCGGCUUCCAGGGCUGCCUAGCGGCCAUGAUCAAAAUGGGUCUGUGAUUACAUCAAACACCCUCAGCCUGGAUAAAGACUUCUCAGAAACAAGAUUAAAGUGUCCUGAUUAAAGUAUUUCUCCGAUUCAAA